GCCAUUUCCCCCGGUUUUAAUCUUUUGAUAGCAAACCACUACUCUACUUGGUUUGGUCCAUCUGAGUUCCUCUGUUUUGAACAUGUGUACCCCCUUAAUGUUAUUUUAAUAAAAAGUUUUUGAUCUCGUGGAGAACUGGAGACCUCUCCUCUGUCCUGUCACAGAAAAAUUCAUUUGUUUGUUUAGAAAGCUCUGUUGUCGCACCUCACCUCAAUCCUUCCCAAGUCCCAAGUUCAGAACUCAUCCAAAGCGGAGUCCUUGGAGUGUCUCGUCCAGACCUACUAUCAAGGCCCCUGUUCACCGUGGACCCUUUUGAUAUCUGAUAAUAACAAGGAAAGAACGAGCUCCCAUCUCUGCUCUUACUUCAGCAAAUCCCACAGAGAGAAUUUCAACGUUGAUAUGCGCAAGUAUCAUGUCUUUCGGGUUAUUCUGCUUACGGUCAGACACUAUUCUAGGGUAUCGCCGCCCUCUCCUGCCCGUGCUACUUCAGUGAUACGAGUGUCCAAUAACAUUGCACGUUUGGGAUGCCCGAAGGAGGACCCAAAGCCCCGUCAACUCCUUUCCUUGCCUCCGUUCCCCGGUCAUCCCUUGCCUGGGAAGAGCUCCGUCAGUGUUGCUGGGCAAUCUGCUCAUGUCACCGCCAUUAGUUGGGUCAAAUACUACUUUGAUGAUAUCCCUGGCCCUGUAAUACAGUCACAUUUUAACAAAGGUCUGGUUAAGAUGGCAUGCCCAAAUCCAGGUGAUUUAUUGAUGGAAGAGCAAGGCCAAAUGCAAUCCUUGAAAAAGAUUAGUCCUAAUGAGGUCAUGGAAGUUGGUUCAAGAAUAUAUGUACCUGUUUCGGUUAUUGAGACUAAAAUUUCCAAGAGAUUUGACACUAUACCAAGUGGAACUCUUUAUCCAAAUGCUGAUGAAAUAGAGUACUUGCAAAGGCUUGUGAUGUACAAGGACUCUGCUAUAAUUGUGCUAAAUAAACCCCCUAAGUUACCAGUUAAGGGAAACCUGCCAGUUCAUAAUAGCAUGGAUGCCUUGGCAGAAGCUGCACUGUCUUAUGGUUAUGAGCAAGGUCCCAAAUUGGUGCAUCGCCUGGAUAGAGAGAGCAGUGGCCUUCUUUUAAUGGGAAGGACAAAGGAAAGCAUUGCUCGGCUUCACUGGUUAUUCAGUGAUGUAAAUAAAGCAAAAUCUCCACUAAAGACUUGGAAUGAUGCUUGUGAAACAACAACACAGAGGUACUGGGCACUGGUUAUAGGUUCUCCCAGAGAAAAACAAGGUCGUAUUUGUGCACCUCUUUCAAAGGUUCUUUUGAAUGAUGGAAAGACAGAAAGAGUCAUUUUGGCUAACCCUUCGGGUGUAGAAGCUUCUCAGGAGGCUAUAACUGAUUUUCGGGUGCUGGGUCCUAUGAUAAAUGGAUGCACAUGGAUUGAGCUGUGCCCACUCACUGGAAGGAAGCAUCAGCUCAGGGUCCAUUGUGCAGAAGCUCUAGGCACACCAAUUGUAGGGGAUUACAAGUAUGGUUGGUAUGUGCACAAAAAGUGGAAGCAGAUGCCCCGGGUUGACAUUGAGCCAACAACAGGGAAGCCAUACAAAUUGCGGAGGCCAGAAGGUUUGGACGUUCAGAAGGGAAGUGUCUUAUCUAAGGUCCCUUUGCUACAUCUCCAUUGUAGAGAACUUAUUCUUCCAAACAUUGCGAAGUUCCUUGACAUUUUGGACAGGAAAUCUCAGAAUUUGCCAAAAUUUAGUUCUAGACCAGAUGUGCUUCGGUUUGUUGCACCAAUGCCUUCACACAUGAAGAUUAGUUGGAACCUUAUGUCCUCCUACUUGGUAUAACGGUUUUUUUUUUUUCAAUUCAGAAUAAAUUGAGGUUACCAAAAGAAAGGUGUUUCUGACCACGGAGAUGUCCCCAAUGCACAGCUGCAAGUGUUGUGAGGAGGAAAUCUGGAUAGGGAUAAGGUUGGCUCAGGCAUUAUAAAUGAUUGUCAGUUAGCUGAAGUGGUUCUGAAUGCUGGACCAGCCAGAAAUUUGAGAAGCUACUGUCAAUCUCUUCCUUUACUAUCCAGAAGCCCUAGGUCAUCCAAGACUAGAUGCUGGUCCAGGUUCCUUACACAAGCUGGCUCGAAGACUCAGGGCCUAGUUAGCACUGCCUUUAGAGUUUACUGCAGCCUACUUCCAGCCAAAUGUAGGAUGGGGCAGAUACAGUAUUCAGAUAAUUCUCUGUAACAUUGAGUAGUGUAUUCAGUCUACGCCUCCCAAGACCCCAAGCCAUCUGGGACCAACCAACAUUGAGUAAUGGCCUUCUUUUUGGUGCCCGUUUGGGAGGGUUUUCAUGCAGCGGCUUCUGGGUUUGUAAGGUAAGCCUCACAUCACACGGGAAGCUUAGAAGAUACAUUUGAUGAAAAACCCAAAAAUCCCGAACACACUUGAAUUCAGCUGAUAAAUCAACUUUUCAGUGAAGUUAUUAAUAGCUUCUUCAACAUUUUAUUUCUUUAGUUUUCUCUGUAUCAUUUUAUUUAUUUUUUAUUUUUCCUUUGAGGAACUUCUCUGUAACGUUUCAUGCAUCAAUGAUCAACAUGAUUAAGCGAUACAAUCCAAAUUAUUCAUCAGAUAGACUAUGGACCUUAUAUGUUGACAUUUUUAUGUAAUGCUAGCUGAUGAAGUUUUGAAAGUUUGAAGAUUAUGAUGUAUUGAAUAUUCCCCUACCACUAAUUUGAUUGGGUGAACGCAGAUACAUCA